AUGCUCGGCGCGACACGAGGCGACAUUGAGCCACCAUUCGAAGCGCACGACUGCCUCCUCGCGCAAUCCAGGUCCUUCAACGUCGAGCAGCUUAAGCCGCACCAACUGGCUCACGCGAUGGAACACGUUGCAUGUGCGCACCUCGCCCGACGACGGGCAAGCAUCGCGGCUGAGGUUAUUGUUCAGAUGUCGCCGAGCGCCUCUUCACGCCGCAAAAUCCGCAAAUCGACGCGAACUGUGCUGGGGUCCGCGCGGGAACCCCUGCUGAACGCCACGGCUGUCGGGGAGGGGGGAGGGGGAGGGGGGCAGCGCUCCGCACUGCCGCCGGCGGGAACAACGUUUGAGCCCGGAAACCCCACGCAUCGACGACAUUUGCGCCGGUUCCCGUGCUUUCUGUACGAGCCAGGCGUCGCGGUCGGUGACGAGGAGGAGGGGGCGGCGGCCAACACGCCAGCUACUUUCGGCCGCUUCUCAAUCCUCCGAAAUCCGCAAAUUGACGUCAAAUGCGCCGAGGUUCGCGCCUCAAGCACUCGCUGA